AUGACAGUGUUCUCAGGAAUAAAUAAAUUAGAAUUUGAAGGCACUUUCGAAGGUAUAGGAAAGGAUGUCGUUAUGUCACAAAUGAUUAAGCUUUUACAGAAACAUUUCCCUUCUAUAUGUGAUAAGAAUUAUGAGUUGAGCUUAUUUUUACACAUUUUCCAAAGGUAUAUAUUGGAGAAUACUUCAAUUACUCACGAUUUAGACCCAAAUGAAAUUCGAUUGCUCAGCGCCGAAGAAAUCGUUGAAUUCGAAGAUAUUCAAAACGAAGAGUUAUUCGAUCCUGCGCUUAUAUCAAAAGUGGCCAUUCUGAAAUUAGAUGGCAAGAAUAAUUCCAUAAUCAGUAAAGCUAGUCCCUUACUUGAGGUGAAGAAUGGGAAGUGUUCCUUGGAUAUAAUAGUCCAACAAACACAGAACUUGAACACAAAGUGGAAUUCUGACGUUCCACUCAUAUUCAUGACGUCCCUUGAAACUGAAUCCCACACAACGAACUUCCUAGAAAAACACUAUUCAUCUGAUGAAGUUACGUGGAAAACCAUAGUACAAUCGUGCUUUCCAGUAAUUGAUAAAAACAGGCUAUUACCUAUCGACUUGCAAGCCAAUUCCAAUAAAGAAGACCUCUGGUAUCCUUGUGGAACCGGUAAUUUAACGGACACACUGUAUUUUUCAGGAGAAUUGGAUAACUUAAUCGCUCGAGGCAAAGAGUUUUUAUUUGUUUCAAAUGUUAAUAAUUUAGGUGCUACUGUGGAUUUGAACAUUUUAAGCUACAUGGUAUCAGAAAAAAUCGACUACCUUGUUGAGGUGGUUGAAAGAACCGCAAAUGAUUCGAAUACUGGGGUGUUGGCCACCUACAAAAAUAAACUGCGGCUAGUGGAUUACGACUGCUUGUCCAAUGAAAGUGCAAGAAAUUGUAGAAUUGUGAACACUAAUAAUAUUUGGAUUGAUCUGAGGAGUUUGAAGCGUCUAGUAGAGUCUGAUGGUUUAAAUUUACCAAUUCGUUCUUUUGACGCUAAAAUAAUACACAACAAUCGAGAACUGGAGUGUCUGCAAUUUAGAACGCAAUUGGCCGAUUGUAUUGGGUGUUUUUCAAGUGCCCAGGCUAUGAAAGUAGCAAGGAGCAGAUUUUUGCCGCUGACAACAUGUAGGGACCUGUUUUUAUUGAAAUCUAACUUGUAUGAUCUUGAUGCAAAUGGGACUUUUAACCUUUACCCUUUAAAGUUUGGGUUACUACCAUCAAUCAAACUAGGUGAUGAGUUUGCCAACUAUGAAACUUUCAGGAUAGGUAUACCUCAUAUUCCUGAUAUCUUGGAAUUAGAUUAUUUGGAUGUAAUGGGUAAUGUGUUUUUUGGUCGCAGAGUAAUCCUAAGAGGGACGGUUAUCAUAAUUUGCGAUAAAGACGAAGUAAUUACUAUUCCUGAUGGCUCUAUUCUAGAAAAUUCAAUAAUAAGGAAUGAAUUUCAGCUGGAUGAUAUGAAUGAAUAUUAA